AUGCGUUUCAAAUACCUCCCUCUCAUUGCUAUGAUUUCUCGCGUUGUUGCAGAUCUCGCUAGUAUCAACUCCUCCAUCACCAACAUGCAAACAGCAGCGUCGCAACUUGCUACAAUCAUCAACGAUCCUGCACGUAUUCAAAAUAACACCCUAUUCGUGGUGAACUAUUCAAAGAACCUCCGUGAAAGCAUCGACAAAGCCUAUGAUGGUGUAGCACAAGACUCAACAACCUUGAGUGAAUCCGAUGGCGCUACCCUCACAGACUCUAUGGAAUCAUUUGUAAUCAGCGUCGAGGGGGCAGCGCUCGUGUAUACCAUCGCUCUAUACGAAGCACAGUAUGUGGACAAGAGCCAAGCGGUUUCUGCGGAAUUUUCACAGCUGCGCGUUUCCAUGGGGAAGUUUUGCGACGCUCUUAUGGGAAAAUUGCCAGCAGAUGUCGUGCCUGAAAUUCAGGAGUUUGAGGAUAGUGUAGAUACAACUUUGAGAGAAGCAGAAUCUUAUUUUAAAAUAUAA